GUUACCCUGGUCGAAAAAGGAAACUGGGAAAUCCGAAUGAGCCUCCACGACUCAGGUACGGCGACGACUGAGGGAGUCCCCCUCACUCCUUCCCUCUCCCCGCCGUUCGCCAGACAUGGAAGCUUCAGAUUCAGAUUCGGCUCGUCUCUUUCCCUAAAUUAGGGCAAAAGAAUUGCCCUCCCUUCUUUUGUCGCGACGUGAUCGAAGGGCUUCUUUCUAGGGUUUCGGUGACGGUGCACGAGGGUGGGUGGGUGGGUGGGUGGGGGGAGAUGGAGAGCGUGCUGUCACCGACCGAUAAGCAGAGCAUGAUCUCUUCCUUCUUGGAGAUCGCCGUCGGUCAAACCGACGAUACCGCCCGCCAGUUCUUGCAGGCAACAAGUUGGAAGCUUGAGGAAGCCAUUCAACUAUUUUAUAUAGGUAAUGAAAGUGGCGGUAUUGGGGGACAGUCCAAUCCUUCCCCAGCAGAUGGUGGAAAUGCUGUUUGGGCAGAUGAAAAUGCCGGGGUAUCAGGGAAUGAAAAUGGUAAAGAAAACAUUGGACAGCAUGAUGGAGAUGAAGUGCGUCCUCCUUUACCUGUUAGGAGAGAGGUCCUCUAUGAUGAUGCGGUAUUAUACCCAGCAUUGGGGAUGGGGUCACAUGAGUCAAGUUCACUAAUUGCAUUCAGGAACUUUGAUGAGGAAAUGAAACGCCCUGGGGUGUGGGAAUCAGAUCAAGGUUCAACAUCUACUGCAGAAAAUGCUCGUGAUAAUCUUGCCUCUCUAUAUCGUCCUCCGUUCCAUUUGAUGUAUCGCGGAUCCUUUGAGAAGGCUAAAGCGGCAGCUUCACUACAAGACAAGUGGCUUCUAGUAAACUUGCAAUCCACCAAGGAGUUCAGCUCGCAUAUGCUGAAUCGGGAUACAUGGGCAAAUGAAGCCGUCUCACAAACUAUCAGCACUAAUUUUAUCUUCUGGCAGGUAUAUGAUGACACGAGUGAGGGCCAGAAGGUCUGCACCUAUUACAGACUGGAUUCGAUCCCUGUAGUGCUUGUUAUUGACCCCAUCACUGGCCAAAAGAUGCGGUCUUGGACUGGAAUGAUUCAACCUGAGAGCUUGCUUGAGAAUUUGUUACUCUUCCUGGAAGGUGGCCCCAAGGAUCAUCAUGUAAGUUCAUCACAUAAACGUCCCAGAGAAAAGUCUGCGACUCCUCCACAGAAACUUAAGGAUGCCUGGGUUGAUGCAGAUGAAAUGCCCAAGGAAGAAGACGAGGAACUACAGGCUGCAUUGGCAGCUUCCUUGGAAAAUGUAGACGAGCCAAUUAAGACAACUAGUGAAUAUGACAAAACUAAUACCAGCAAGGAAGAAGAGGCAUUCACAAGGAAGAUACCUGCCUAUCCGCCUCUUCCCGAGGAACCUAACGGUGAUAGAAGCCUCCUUUGCCGGGUUGGAGUCCGUCUUCCCGAUGGACGUAGGGUCCAGCGGAAUUUUCUCCGUACUGAUCCAAUACAGCUUCUGUGGUCAUUCUGCUGUUCUCAACUGGAAGAGGCUGAAAGUAGACCAUUUCGCUUGGCGCAAGCAAUUCCUGGGGCUUCAAAAAGUCUGGACUAUGACAGCAAGUUAACCUUCCAGGAGUCUGGGCUUGCAAAUUCUAUGAUCUCUCUCACUUGGGAAUGAUACUCGUGCAGUACCUUUUUGGGAUGGUUUGAUCCGCUGGAAAUGAUUGAAGAACUUCUGAUACAUGUCUAUAUCGUCAUAUUUGGUCCACUGUCUAUUCCCUCCCCCAAACCAUUGUCUGUUUUCAAGGGACCCGUAGAUUUCAUUUUGAAUGUGUAACUGUCCAAGUUAAAUGCAUUGCGACAGCAUUUCAUCGCAGAUGCAAUAGAAUCUCAAUUGUAUGUAUGCGCGGGCGGUUUUAUCGGAUCUCCUUUUUGGCGUUUGAAA